CCGUACCGAAUUUCAAAUGGUUUGGAGAAACCCAAAGGAUGUCAGACUGUCGUCGUUGUACAAAAAUUCGUGGUGAUUCAUGGUAUCCCGUCCUACGUUUCGACGAGUCGGACGACACUCUCACCACCGUCAAGUGGACCAAGGAGGAGGAAACAGAAGGGAGGGGGAGAAAUGACCACCACGGAGAUGGAAGCUGUUUUACUACCCGAUGCAACUCGGAUCGUGGGAAAAGCAGAGUUGGUGAAAGUAGUGGACUCAAAAAGUGUUCCAGUUCGGAAACCACCAAGAUUUGUAUCACCAAUCGAGCCGAGUCGACGGAUUUGUGCUUAAAUCGUGGUGGGGGAGAUGCCCUACUGUUUAGCGAUACAGAUAACGAUAUGCUACUCUCCCCAUCGCCACCAAUUCAUUAUUGCAACUGUAAUUACUGCUCCAUGGAAGAGGACGAGGAAGAUUCCGAGGUAGACUUGUACUCGAAUGAUGAAGGACGAAAAGAGAAUGACCAAGACCACGACUAUCUCACACCCCGCAGGAGUAAGAAGAAGAACCCGUUGAACGUUUCGCAAAAAAUGUCAUCGAAGGCUUCUUCUUUCCAAUUUGCUGGAGGCGACUGUUGCUGCAGCACUGAUAAUGAGAGCAGGAAGACGGGAAAUGACGCGGCGAUAUUGUUUCUGGAACCAGUCGAUGUCGACGAGUCAAAAAACUCUAAAAAAUCUGAUCUAUGCCUUCUCACUUGAUUUUACCUUUUUUUGUAAUUCCAUCCGUCCAACAAGUUGUGAUUAUUUUUUAGCGUCGAUAAUAAGUUUUAAGCAACAAUUAAAGAUUGCAAUGUUAAAAGUUGUGGAUAUUUCCCUCCCCCCAAAAAAUCAAUCUAAUUAACUCUAAAAUAAAUACUUUCCCAUGUUCACUUUUGUCUGCUUAUUGAGUUCAGUAAGUUCGGUCGUCGCGAG